AUGGCUUCCAUGAUCACUAAAACAGCUUCUUCUUCUUCAUUGCCUCGAUGGGAAUGGGAUGUUUUUCUCAGUUUUAGAGGCGAAGACACUCGCUUGAACUUUACGGACCAUCUGUACUCCGCUUUGAAUAAGAAUGGAAUUAGGACCUUUAGGGACGACGAAAAACUCGAGAGAGGAAAACCCAUUUCUCCAGAGCUCUUGAAAGUCAUAGAAGAAUCGAGGUUUGCCGUCAUCAUUCUCUCAAGGAACUAUGCGUUGUCGAAGUGGUGCUUAGAUGAACUUGCAAAGAUUGUUGAGUGCAUGAAAGAGGAGAGGCUCAGAGUUUUGCCUGUUUUCUACGAUGUGGAUCCCUCAGACGUACGUAAGCAGAGGGGGAGUUUUGCACAGGUCUUUUCUGAACAUGAGGAACAUUUCAAAGAGAAUAUAGAGAAGGUGCAAAUAUGGAGGGAUGCUUUGAGAGAAGUGGGCAAUGUUUCCGGAUGGCAUUUAAAGGACAGGCAUGAGUCAAUAGUUAUUCAAGAAAUUGUUGGGAAGAUACUUGGUCAAUUGAAUUCUAUAGUUCCAAUUGUUUCCGAUGAGCUUUUUGGAAUAGGGUCUCGCGUAGAGGAAAUGAUGAAUUCAUAUUUAGGUAUGGGGGUGGAUGAUGUUCGCAUUGUAGGGAUAUGUGGGAUGGGUGGAAUUGGUAAAACAACUCUUGCCCUUGCUGUUUGUGAAACAAUUGCUUGUCAAUUUGAAGCUUAUUGCUUUCUUGCCAAUGUUAGAGAAGAAACUAGAAAACAUGGUCUAGUUGCUCUACAGCAACUACUUCUUUCCAGUACGAUCCUGACAGAAAGCAGUAUUAAUUUACGGAAUGAAUACGAGGGAGCUAAUAUGAUCAAAAACAGACUAUGUUGUAAAAGAGUUCUUAUUAUUCUUGAUGAUGUGGAUCAACUUGAACAAUUACGUGCAUUAGUAAAAAAGCGUCUCUGGUUUGGUCGAGGGAGCAGAAUCAUCAUAACAACAAGAAAUAAGCGUCUGUUGAUUGAACAUGAUGUGGCUGAAGAUGAAAUAUACGAGGCUAAGGAAUUGAAUAAUGAAGAAGCACUCCAACUCUUUAGUUGGAAAGCCUUCAAGGAACACCAACCCCCUAAAGAUUUUGUGGAGCUGUCCAAGAAGGUUUUAAAUUAUGCUAAAGGCCUUCCUUUAGCCCUUGACGUAUUGGGUUCAUCUCUGCAACGUAGACGUGUAGAUGUAUGGGAAAGGGAGGACAAAGAUCUAGUGGAAGAUAUACUAGAAAGUUGUGGUUACCACCCAAAAAUCGGUAUAGAUAAUCUCAUUAAUAAGUCACUUAUAACCAUCUCAAGCAAAAAAUUGUGCAUGCAUGAUUUGUUAGAAGAAAUGGGUCGGGAGAUCGUUCGUCGUGAAUCUUUGGAAGAGCCUGGCAGACGUAGUAGAUUGUGGCUCAGGGAAGACGUCUUUCAUGUGCUGAAGAAUAAUACAGGAACGGAAAGAGUUGAAGGCAUAGCCCUAAAGUCUGCUCCACAGGAAGGAUUACACUUGAAUGCUGAAGCCUUCUUGAAGCUGCCGAACUUAAGAUUUCUCAAAAUCCAUAAUGUGCAUCUUUCUCAAGGUCUUAGUUAUCUUUCUAACAACUUGCGGGCUAUUGAUUGGCAUGGAUAUCCUUUAAAGUCUUUGCCAAUGACUUUCUCACCUGAUAAACUCGUUGAACUCAAAAUGUAUUGGAGCGAGCAGAUGGAACAAAUAUGGCAGGGAAAAAAGAGCUUACCCAAGUUAAAAAUCAUUGACCUUAGUGACUCUCCAAACUUGAUCAAGACUCCGGACUUGACUGGAGCUCCAAAUCUUGAGAAGUUGAUUCUUCAAGAUUGUGUGAGGUUAUAUGAGGUCCAUCCAUCCGUUGGGGUUCUCAAACAACUUACUUUACUGAACUUGAAAGAAUGCAAAUCUCUUACUAGCCUUCCAUGCAACAUUAGCUUGGAUUCCCUUGAAGUUUUGAUUCUUUCUGGUUGUUCGAAGCUCAAGAAGUUUCCAGAAAUUGUGGGAAAUAUGAAACGUUUGAAGGAACUUAAAUUGGAGGGGACUGCCAUAAAAAAACUUCCAUUAUCAAUUGUGCGUUUGACUGGCCUUACUAUACUGGAUCUAGCAGACUGCAAAAGCCUUUUGACUCUUCAAAGUGUCGUUUGUAAUUUGACCUCUCUCCAAAAUCUCACUCUAUCCGGUUGCUUGAAACUUGAUAAAAUGCCAGAGAACCUUGGGAACUUGGAACGACUGAAGCUACUUGAUGUCAGUAGAACUGCUAUAAGAGAAGUACCAUCCUCCUUUCUACAAUUGAAGAACCUUAGACAUUUAUGCUUACGUGGAUGUAAAGGUUUGCUACCUACAUCGCUACUCUUCACUUCAUUCUCAGAUUUAUGCCAUUUGACGACAUUAGAUUUGAGUUAUUGCGAUUUACCGGAUGGAGCAAUUCCCAAUGAUCUCGGUAGCUUGUCAUCGUUGCAAAUUCUAGAUCUACGUGGAAACAAAUUUGAGCACAUACCUGAAAGCAUCUCUCAACUUUCUAAGCUUAAAAUAAUUUACUUGAGUGGGUGUAGCAGGCUUCGAUCAUUGCCAAAACUUCCACCAAGUGUAUUAUUUUUACAGUCUGAUGAUUGUACCUCAUUGGAAGCGCUUUCUAUGGAAAUUGUUGGACGGACUACAGAAGGACACCUCCUCUCGGUCACAGUCUCGGGGCAGUCAUUCGAUCGUGAUCUUUCCACACUACAGUCUGCGAUGCGGGAUACACGUUCUAGGGAAAGUGAUGCACUGAGACCAGAAAGAUACCUUGAGGAAGCGAUUCAGGCAGUCAUUCGUGAUCUUUCCACACUAAAGUCUGCGAUGCGGGAAACACGUUCUAGGGAAAGUGAUGCACUGAGAUCAGAAAGAUACCUUGAGGAAGCGAUUCAUGAUCUUUCCACACUAAUUUCUGCGGCCUCUGCAGUAAGGGAAGCGCGAUCCAGAGAAACUAUUGUACCAUUUCAGGAAGAAGAGCUUGAAAUCAUUCGUCGUGAAUCUUUUGAAGAGCCUGGCAGGCAUAAUAGAUUGUGGCUUAGUGAAGACAUCCUUGAUGUACCGAAGAAUAAUAAGGGAACAAAAAGAGUAGAAGGCAUAGUCCUAAACUCUGCUCCACAGGAAGAAUUACACUUGAAUGCUGAAGCCUUCUCGAAGAUGCCGAACUUAAGAUUGCUCAAAAUCCGUAUUGUGCACCUUUCUCAAGGCCUUUGUUAUCUUUCUGACAAGUUGCGGGCUAUGGAUUGGCAUGGAUAUCAUUUAAAGUCUUUGCCAAUGACGUUCUCACCUGAUAAACUCGUUGAACUCCAUAUGCCUUGCAGCCACAUUGAACAAAUAUGGGAGGGAAAGAAGAGCUUACCCUGGUUAAAAAUCCUUGACCUUAGUAACUCUGAAAAGUUGAUCAAGACUCUAGACUUCACUGAAGCCCCAAAUCUUGAGAAGCUGAGUCUUCAAGGUUGUGUGAGCUUAUUUGAGGUCCACCCAUCCGUUGGAGUUCUCAAACGACUUACUUUACCGAACAUGAAAGAUUGCAAAUCUCUUACUAGCCUUCCAUGCAACAUUAGCUUGGAGUCCCUCGAGAUUUUGAUUCUUUCUAAUUGUUUGAAGCUCAAGAAAUUUCCAGAAAUUGUGGGAAAUAUGGAACGUUUGUUGGAACUUUAUUUGGAUGGGACUGCCAUAAAAGAACUUCCAUCAUCAAUUGAGCGUUUAACUGGCCUUACUUUACUGGAUGUAGCAGACUGCGAAAGCCUUUUGACUCUUCCGAGUUUUCCGAGAACCGUUUUCAUUAACAAAUCCAGUAAAAAGUGA